AACUUUGAAGACAGAGGAAAACAAAAACAAAAAUAAUAUGAAGUGUGCACUAUUACUCUGGUCUCAUCUCUCACUACUACUUGUCUUGAUUCUUGCUUCAGCAGAUCUCACGGCUUCGAGAUCUUCUUGUCAGAGCCACUGUGGAAACAUCUCGAUACCGUAUCCUUUUGGGAUAGGAAAGGGUUGCUACCUCAACGAAUGGUUUGCAAUUCAGUGCAACAAUUUCACCUCCGGAAAGCUUGUCCCAUAUCUACCAAAGAUUGACAAAGAAGUUGUUAAAAUCUUUCUACCGGAACCAACUGGGUAUGAGGGCUAUAACUAUGGGUCACUUCGCAUCAAAACCAACAUAACUUCCAUGGGAUGUUCCAAUACCAGCGAUGAAAUAAAGUUUGGUGAGCCUUUGAAUUUUACUGGCACACCGUUUACCAUUGGCCGUUCCAACACCUUCCUAGCUAUUGGCUGCAACUACAAGGCCACGUUGACACAUCUUGAGCCCAGAUUGGUGGGAUGCAUCUCGACUUGUGAACCAAAAAAGAUACGGGAUUAUACAAGCUGCCGUGGUGACAAAUGCUGCCAAGCAGACCCACCUAGUGGGAUUGGACAGAUAGUCGGUAUCAGUAUGGAGGAAUUUUCGAGUAACAUAACAAGAGAGAGAGGGUGUCGAGUGGCUUUCUUAACAGACGAAAAUGAAGACCCAUCAGCAUACCCGGUGGCUAAAUUUACUGAUCCGCAAUGGUUUUAUGAUAGGCAAUAUGUUAUACUCCAACUACGGUGGGCCAUUCCCAUGACGAAUCUCUCCUUUGUCAAUUCCUUGGGAUGCCCACAUUAUGAAAUGCGUCAGUAUAUCGAUGGCAUUAAUCCUUGCGGAUGCUCGAAUACAGAUGAUGGGAGCAGCAAUGUAGGAUGCGCAUGUAAUGAUGGUUACACAGGUAACCCAUUUAUUAUGGGUGGAUGUAAAGAUAUUGAUGAGUGCCAACUCGACUCAGAUUAUAUCAAGAAUUGUAGGCGACAAGGAGGCACUUGUGUGAAUACUCCAGGAGACUUCCAGUGCGUAGUCAAGAAGAACAAGACUGUGCCAAUUACUAUAGGACUAUGUGUAGGUUUUGGUGUGCUGAUCGUUUCCGGUGGAACUUUGUGGUUAUACAAAAUUAUUAAAAAGCAAAGGAAGAUCAACCGCAAAAAAAAGUUGUUCAAACGUAAUGGAGGUUUAUUAUUGAAACAACAGUUGACUUCAACUGAAGGCAGCAUCGAGAAGACAAAAGUAUUCACCUCCAAAGAGUUAGAGAAAGCUACUGAAAACUUCAGUUCGACUAGAGUGCUUGGACAAGGUGGACAAGGUACCGUGUAUAAGGGAAUGCUUGUAGAUGGUAGAAUCGUAGCUGUGAAAAAAUCUACAGUUGUGGAUGAAGACAAGCUUGAAGAGUUCAUUAACGAAGUUGUCAUUCUAUCGCAAAUCAACCACAGAAACAUCGUGAAACUCAUAGGCUGUUGCCUUGAGACAGAAGUGCCUCUUCUAGUUUAUGAGUUUAUUUCUAAUGGUAACCUUUUCGAGCAUCUUCAUGGUGAGUUUGAUGAGUCUGCGAUGACUACUUGGGAAAUGCGUUUGUGCAUCGUCAUAGAUAUCGCUGGAGCUCUUUCAUAUCUCCACUCAGCAGCCGCAUCUCCAAUUUUUCAUAGAGAUGUCAAAUCUACAAAUAUAAUGUUAGACGAAAAAUAUCGAGCUAAAGUGGCUGAUUUCGGCACUUCAAGAUCGGUAACGGUUGAUCAUACCCACCUAACUACUGUAGUUUCAGGUACAGUUGGAUAUGUGGAUCCGGAAUACUUCCAGUCUAGCCAAUUCACCGACAAAAGUGAUGUCUAUAGCUUUGGGGUGGUGCUCGUGGAACUCAUUACCGGAGAGAAGCCUAUAUCUUUUGUGCGGCUUCAACAAAGCAGAACAUUGGCAACUUAUUUCAUUGUUGCAAUGGAAGAGAAUCGAGUUGUCGACAUUAUUGACCCUCAGAUCAGAGAUGAUUGCAAUCUGGAGCAAGUCAUGGCCGCAGCACAACUUGCAAGAAGGUGUCUGAAUCUUAACGGAAGGAAUCGUCCAAGCAUGAGAGAAGUAUCAAUGGAGUUAGAGAGAAUUCGUUCACCAACUGAAGAUCCACAGUCACAUGUUCAUAUUGAAGGAAGCAAUGCAGAGGAAGUAGCUGCGGAGAUUAAUAUUGGUGUGGAAUCAUGCAACAACGUGGGUGUUAGUGCUCCUUCUGGAUUUCAAUACAACGUUGAUACAACAUCAUUGUCAGAUGCCGAGCCGUUAUUUCCUCGUCAAACAUGGUGACCACCACGUUUCGAUAGCACCGGAUGAUUUUGUUAGUAAGUAUUCUAUGUCAACUAGACGAUGAUAACUAUAUCAAUUCCUCGCUAGUGUAUCAAAACAUGAAAUAAGCGACGUAUCCUACUACGUUGUGGUUUGCAUUUGUAUGCAUGGUUGUACUAUUAUGUUUUUGUUUUUAGAAUCUGCACCAAGUUGAAUGA